AACAUCCACUGGACACUACUAAAAUCCUCUUUCUCUCUCUUCAGUCUCUUCCUAAAUCCAGUUAGAGAGAGAAAGUUUUUAACUCUCGGUUAUCACAAUUAAGAGAGAGAAAUCAGAAAACUAUUAAUGGCUUCGCCGCCGCUGCUUCUACUCGCACUACUUUCCGCAUUCUUCUUCUUCAGCCCAACCGUACACAGCUCCCAGCGCCGUCAGCCGCCGCUCCUCACCACCACCUACUACACCAAAUCCUGCCCUAGAUUCGAGCAGAUCGUGCAGGACGUCACCACCAACAAGCAGAUCUCCUCCCCAACAACCGCCGCCGCCGCCCUCCGCCUCUUCUUCCACGACUGCUUCGUCAGCGGCUGCGACGCCUCCGUCCUCAUCUCCUCCACUCACUUCAGCAAGGCCGAGCGCGACGCCGACAUCAACCUCUCCCUCCCCGGCGACGGAUUCGACGUCGUCGUCCGCGCGAAGACCGACCUCGAGCUCACCUGCCCCGGCGUAGUUUCCUGCGCCGACAUCCUCGCCGUCGCCACCCGCAAUCUCGUCGUGAUGAUGGGCGGCCCGUACUACACCGUCAAAUUGGGCAGAAAAGAUGCCCUAAUUUCACGCGCCUCCGAUGUGGAAGGCAAUCUCCCACGGCCAACAAUGCCGAUGGAUCAGAUGAUUCGAAUCUUCAAUUCCAAAGGAUUCUCCGUUCAGGAAAUGGUGGCUUUAACCGGGGCCCACACAAUCGGAUUCUCACACUGCAAGGAAUUCAGCUCCAUUUUAUACAACUACAGCAGGACACUACAAUCCGACCCGGCAUACUAUCCCGAAUUCGCCAAAUCGUUGAGAAGCGCGUGUGCCGAUUACACGAAAAACCCAACGUUAUCGGUGUUCAACGAUAUAAUGACUCCGAAUAAAUUCGACAACAUGUACUACAACAACAUUCGAAAAGGAUUAGGGCUUUUGUCGUCGGACCACACAUUGAGCUCCGAUCAAAGAACAAGGGGAUUCGUCGAGCUGUAUUCGACGAAUCAGGACGCCUUUUUUCAGGCAUUCGUUAGAGCAAUGGAGAAGCUGAGUGUUUACGGCAUUAAGACAGGAAAGAACGGCGAUAUUAGGCGAAGGUGUGAUUCCUUUAACAACAAUUGAAUAAACGAUAUAAUUUACAGCUGCUGUUUUGUUUAAUUUGUGUUAUUUCAAUACUAUAUAUAUUUUUUUCUUACAAAUUGAAUUAGUGUGGUAUAAUUUACUCAUGUGUUGUGGGAAGUUGAGAUAUAUAUAUAUAUAUAAGUUUAUGUUGUGUGUAUUUAUACGGAAUCAUUUCAAGAAAUUAAUUAAGAUGAUGAUAUUCAUGAGGUUGA